AUGCGACGCAAAGACCCAGCACCCCCGACGGCCGCAGCACGAGGGAAAAGCUUGAUUUCCAUAAGGACAAGCCAACAACAGCAACGGAAGGCACAACAUAAAAAUCUUUUGCCUAGGAGUUAUUCUUCGCCACCAACUCACUGUGAGCCAGAUGGUGCACAUAUAAGUCCAGUGAAAGGUUAUGUAAUCCGUAGCUUUUCCACGCCUGAACCGAAAAACUUGGACUACAGGCGCAAUUCGGAUUCGUUCUACCGGCCCAAGAUGCAUGGUUCAAGAACGGAAUUGGACUCAGAUUUAGAACAGUUUGACGAAUGUUUCAUAGACAUUGAUGCGGAACAAGAGCCUGUUACUUACUCGAGGAGUCCAGAAAGAGAUGAACCAAAGAGGGUAUAUACAACUCUGCUUCCUGGUAGCGGUAUACAACGGGUCACGAUCAGACCAAUGUCGGCAACCACAACACAUACAUUGCAAGGCGCUCGAGAUGCAAUGAGGAAAAUUCAGCAAGACGAGAAAGGAUCGAACCGUCAUAAUUUUCGUCCGCUGAUGCUAAAGAUGCCCAAACGGCAUUCAGUCCAUUCGGACCCUGAAAGAGAAUCGGAAGCAGGAGUUGAGGAGUUGCAGACGUCUCCGCAGCUGGAGAUGGAAGCUGCCGAGCUGGAGCGUCAGAUGGACACCGCUGAGCAACACCUGGACCGUGGUGUUGCUAUUGCUACUGAAGAAAGUGAUGCUGAUACGAGUCAUAUGUUCGGUUGUGGAGGCCUGGUGUUCUGUAAAACAGGAUGA